AUAAUUGGAAAACCCAAGACUGAGAUUGUUUUUUUGGUGGAAUCCGAAUAACAUUCCUGGCAAUCGUUCUGCAUCUUCCUUCCCCCCAAUUUUAGUUUCUCUUUGGGUCGAUCGAUUUUCAUCGGUCGGUCGUCGGUCUUCUCGAAGCUCUCAGUAGGAGGUGCAUGGAAAAAUGAUCGGUUGGGAACGCUUUCUUCCCUCAAUACUUUAGCUUAGAGAUGCAGUAGAAGGGGGGUGGACGUACUGCAAGGAAAAUAAUGUACUAACAUUCCCUACUUUCUCAAGCUUAGGAACUCGAUUUUGAGGUUCUUUUCAAGAUGGCAAGUGGUUUUGGGGAAUCAGCGAGCAGGCCACCCCAAAGUCCAUCUUGCUCAAGCAACAGCAACAACAAUGAAGCUGCUGGUAACUUUGAGUGCAACAUCUGUUUCGACUUGGCCCAAGACCCAAUUGUGACCUUGUGCGGGCACCUCUUCUGCUGGCCCUGCCUCUACAAGUGGCUCCAUUACCACUCGCAAUCCAAGGAAUGCCCGGUCUGCAAGGCCCUUGUGGAGGAGGAGAAGCUGGUCCCGCUCUAUGGCCGUGGAAAGACUUCCACUGACCCGAGAUCGAAGUCCAUCCCUGGCCUCAACAUCCCGAACCGGCCUGCUGGCCAGAGGCCCGAGACCGCUCCUCCGCCACCUGAUCCAAACCAUUUCCACCAGCAUGGAUUUGGUUUCAUGGGCGGAUUGGGUGGGUUUGGUGGCUUCGCCCCAAUGGCGACCACAAGGUUCGGGAACUUCACAUUGUCUGCAGCCUUCAGUGGGCUAAUCCCGUCUCUAUUUAAUGUCCAAGUCCAUGGAUUCCCAGAUGCUGGAAUGUUUGGCCCAUCUGCGGGGUUGCCUUACGGGUACCCGAACACAUUCCAUGGAGCCCACAUGCACGCCCACCAUCACCACCACCAUCAUCACCACAGAGGCGGCCAGCGUAAUCAGGACAUUUACCUGAAGAGACUACUCAUGCUUAUCGGGUUCUUCGUCCUCCUCGCCCUUGUUUGGAAUUGAGCUUAAAGUCAUCAUUAACUGAGAUGUUUGAGUAGGUCUACGACUCGCCAGUUUAUCCCGACUGUAAAUGUUUGUAGUUGGAGCAUAUCGAGGCAUUUGUUUCCGUUUAGAUGAUCAUGUAAACUGUUCAUACUUUACAUCAUCGGUUGUGUUUAUGAUUUGAAUAAGGGUAGAAAUUCGCGUGGCUCAAUGGAUUGCUGCAGAACAAUGUGACAGUGGACCAAAAUAUUUUUUACUAGAUAUUACUGCCGAUCUGUCUAAA